AUGUCAAUACCUGCGCACUAUCUUCGAGCCCGCACCGGGUUAACGAAGAGUUCGAUAAUUCGCGCUGCUAAUUAUACCAAAACGCGGCACCGAUGGCACCAACGAAGCCAGAUGAGCACCACCACUAUUGCGCCCACCGCCCCCCCACGCAUCAUCUUCUCCGGUAUCCAACCCACCGGCAUUCCACACCUGGGCAACUAUCUAGGCGCUUUACGAGAAUGGGUGAAGCUCCAGGAUGACGCAAUCCCGGGAGAGGAGUUGAUCUAUUCGAUUGUGGAUUUACAUGCGUUGACGAUGCCGCAGGAUCCAGAGGUGUUGCGGGAAUGGAGAACGCAGUCGUUUGCGAUUCUGCUGGCAGUGGGAUUGAAGCCGGAGAGGGCUAUGAUAUUUUUCCAGAGCGCUGUGCCAGCGCAUGCGGAGUUGAUGUGGAUUCUUAGCACUGUUUCUUCAAUGGGAUAUCUAUCGAGGAUGACGCAGUGGAAGAGUAAACUACAAUUACCGGAGAACUCGACAUUAGAAGACUCCAGCGCCCGAGCGAAGCUGAGAUUGGGCCUGUUCUCGUAUCCGGUACUGCAGGCAGCGGAUAUAUUGGUCCAUUCGGCAACCCACGUUCCUGUCGGAGAAGAUCAAAAGCAGCACCUCGAGUUUUCGCGCGAAGUCGCCAACAGCUUCAAUCACAUAUACGGACCCGUUCUCACUCCCCCAAAUACUCUCGUGUCACCCGCAAAACGCAUAAUGUCCCUGAAAUCCCCAGACCAAAAGAUGUCCAAAUCCCACGCCGACCCUAACUCCCGAAUCCUCCUCACCGACGAACCAGAGACAAUCCACAAGAAGAUAAAAGUGGCACUUACCGACUCCGAACCGGGCGUCACCUACGAUCCUAAGAGGAGACCUGGUGUCUCCAACCUCCUAGAUAUCCUCAGCAAUUUCGACACAAACUGCAAUUUGUCGCCGACGGAAUUAGCGAAGGAACAUGAGAGCUCGAGUCUGAGGAUAUUGAAGGAGCAUGUCGCGAAGAAGGUGGCUGACCAUCUUGCGCCGAUUCGAGAGCGGUACGCGGAGCUCAUGACGAAUGCGGUGGGAAGAGAAUACCUUGAUAAAGUGGCGGAGGAAGGGGCGAGGAAGGCAGCUAGUAAUGCGGAUAAGACAAUGAAAAGGGUCAAGGACGCAAUUGGGUUUUGA